CACAUGCACUGCUUUUAGUUUUAUUGAAGACUCUUCACUGUUCAGACGUCGUUUCCGUAACGCUCACCAAGUGUUAGUUUUCUCUCAUCUCGUGUGCCCGCCAAGAACUUAUCCGCAGUUGUUCAGUGCAAAUUUUUUGUUGUUGCUUCAUUCAAUCAUAAUUUAAUAGUGAAUACCAGUGAGAGGAUUAAUAAGGAAAUCCAUCCAAUUAACUACCAAACGACAAUAUAUUUCCACGAGAGCGUCUUCUCCGUGAGAGAUUGAAGAUUAACAAAAAAAAGUGAAAAAAAAUUCUUGAUAAAAAAAUUAUGAUUUGUGUGUGAUUCAAUUAAGAAGUGCCAAGCGCGCCAAGAGAGAAAAGUUCUUUUGGGAAUAAAAUCUUUGUGCAUUUCGACGCCCAGGAUGCUGAAGCACGUUCAAAUAUCUCCUCUUCGCAAUCGUUCGGACUCCCUGUCACUGCGUUCCAACACAUCGUGUUCAUCGUCACUGUGCGGCAGCCCAGAACCCACCGAUGAUAGCCAAUUGCCCACCAGAAGUCCAUCGAGAGCCUCAAGCUAUUCCAGCCUCAGCGACACAAUCCCACAGACAACGAUUAAAAUUUUCACAACAUGCCUCAAGAUUGACAUUGAAUACAAGACUCUGGGGAUUCAGUGGGACACCACGAGCAGAGAGAUUGUCACGCAAGUGCUGCGACGGUGCAAAAUUCGGCACAAGGACCCACGACUCUUCUACCUUUCCAUGGAAGUGACGGUACGACGGGCUGGUGUUAAAACCCUCCUGGUGCUGGAUGAUGAGGCACGUCCGGCCAUUUUACAGGCCUGCCACCCCAAAGGUGAUUCACGAUUCUGCCUGCAGCUUAAGGCGGGCGGACUCGUGCGUGUCCACACUUCAGCCCUGCAGCCACUAUCGCAGUACAAGAGUCUCCUCAUUGCUGAAGAAACCACGGCGGACGAAUUGCUUGGACUUCUCCUCACCACGUACAAUUCCGCGGAACCAGUUGAGCAAUUUUCACUUUAUGAGGUUUGUCCUAAUCAGGAAUACCAGAGGAAAUUACAUCCGGAUGAUCUACCUCUACGAGCACAAAUUCAGCGUCAGCAACGGGGUGAGACAUGCCACUUCCUCGUACGCCGCAAUCCGAAUUAUCCACGUCGUCGACAAAUACUGCCUCCAAUACAGGAGAGUAAUCCAUCGCUAGCAACGGCGGAAGCUGCAAAGGGUGGUGCAGAGAGCGAGGCGAAGGGGGAGGCGACUGUGGCGAAAAGCUCGCCUACCGAGGGGGACCAAAGGAUAUGCAAAAUGUGCAAAAAUACCUUCAAAUCAUGCGAAUAUUGCAACAAACCAUCCAAGAGAGAUAAGACCCCUGCUAGUGCCUCUGCGCACCCAUCACCGUCAUUAACAUACCACCCUGUUUACAAUAUACGAGAAAUAAGGACGGUGUGUCACUCAUUUUCAUCCCUCGGUAUGGAUAAAAAACUCCUUGAUAUCAACAUGAAGCCCAGCAGUGGACAGCGCAGAAAUCAAACAAAGACUAGACCAUAUGGGAAUUUUGUCUACAUCUAGCUUGUAAUUUAUUCACCAUGUUAGGAUUUACAAUCAAUCUCUAUAUUGCUAUAGUGCAUGUACACGCAAAUACAUUACUCCACCUACACAAUGCAUAAAUAUAUAUAUAAUGUAUACGGUAGAUGAAGAAGAAACAAAAGGAUAGAGCUAUUCAAUUUAUUUGUUUACUCUCUUUCAUGUAUUCCACACAUAAUUUGUAAUUCAUCAUUUCCAAUGAAGCUAUUUUAUAGGGCAAAGGAUAUUUUUUUUGCACAAAGUACACCCUUCCACCUACUGUCGUCGUAUAUAUGAUUUCCGGAAGGACAAAAAGACCAAAAUACUAGUCACAUAUCAAAUAUUAAUGUUAUAUUAUGCGUAUCUCAUGUAGCAAACGAGGCGUAAUGUUGAAUGAAGGCAUUUUUUUCUAUGGAAGCACCAUAAAAUGUAAUUAAGUGGAAUAGCAAAGAGUUUUUCUAUUCUUAUAAAAUUCAUGCAACAUACGUAUAAUACAUAGCAAUUGAUUUAUUCCACCGACACAUAAAUAAAUUCCAAUUGAUUAUUGGACCUUUAGUAAGAAUUUCCAUAAACAUUGAGGGAUUUUUUGCAAUAUUUUUGAAUUCAUUUUAAUGACAUUUUCAUGGGAAAAAACACUCAAAGCAUAGAAUUUUUAGAAUCUUUAAAUAUAAUUCAUGAAAAUUUGAAGAUUUUCGUGGAAAAUUUAAACAGCGCAAUGGGGUUGUUUUUCUUUAAGACAAAAUAAUGAUUCAAGUAAAGGAUAAAGAUGCAAUUCAAUCCCCUUUCGAAGAUAACAUAAAACAUCUAAAAUAUCAAGAUGAUUUUUAUGAAAGCAUGCUCUUAGAUUUCUUUAAAGAAUAUAAUAUGAAAAGAAUAAUAUCCUGCGGGUAAACAAUGUUUAUAACCCCAUAAGAAAGGUUUAUGCUGAAUUAAUCGGGUGAAUUUUGGAUUUUUUUUGUUGCUGUUACAUGCAAACUUUCCUUUCAAUGCACGAAGGAAAAUGAAAAGAAAAAUUUCUCCAUUGAUUUACAUAAAAGCUCAGAAAGGCAUGAUAUAUAGCACUAAAUGAGGGGGCUUUGCUCAAAAAUUGACGAGCCAAAUUAAUACCGUCUAAUUGAAGAAAUUUUAUUCCUCUGCUAAUUUUAAUGAAAUUCUGAAAGAUUUUUUUUAAUGAGAAGUGCAAUUAAAUCAAUAUAGUACAGUCGUGCCUUGGCAUAAGAUAGUUUAGGAUAUACUCUUCACACUCAUUAUUUUCAAUACGCGAGAGCAGUACAUCCUAGACUAUCUUAUGCCAAGGCACGAGUGUAUUCUUAAAUUAGAAUUUCUCCCAAUUUUUAUAAUUUGAACUUUUUCUUUGAAUCUUAUUUUUAAUCUGUGCAGAGACUCGAUAAUUUUGGUGAUUCCACGUCACUUUCAAAUAAUGAAAAGAUCAAUCAGAGAAUUUUCCUUCAAUUAUUCUUUUUGUGGAAAUUAAGGUUUAAGAAACAGAGAAGAGAAAACUUCAAAGCCCCUUUUAAUUCCAAUAAAAUUCUAGACUUUUAUUGAUUCCAGAGAAAAGAAAGAUUUAUAUUGUGUAUUGCGUGGUUAAAUGAAACUUUGUAAGGUCAUGAAAAUUAAUUAAUUGUACAUGAACACGGGCCAAACAACAUGCUGCAGGAUAAACUCAAGGAAUAAGAAAAAUUCACAAUUUUAUGAAAUAUUAUAAACUAAUUUUUUCUCAUCUAUAUUUAGCAAAAUUCCCAGAAAACAAUUUUAAAUUAAAUAUAAAUAAGCUCUAGGAAAAAAAAGUUAAAGACAAACCAUAGACUAUAUUAUUUAGAAAAUUUCUGUAUGAAACACACUAAAAAGGGGAUGAACAGUGUUGGCCAAAGAUAACGUCAAAAACAAGUAAUAUAUUAGUUUUUGUGUAAAAGAAAUAAUAUAAACGAUGUAAUGUAAUAUUUUUAUAGUAUCGAAAUAAACUGAAUGUAAGGAAAAAAA